AUAUUGAUAUCAGGAUAGCAAACACUGAUGUCAAGACAGAAGAUACUAAUAUUAAGAUGGAAGAUAUUGAGAUUGGAAUGGAAGGCACUUGUAUAGAGUAUAAGUCUGUUAAAGCUCAUAAAUAUAUAAAAUAA